UUGGUGUGUGACUGUGUGCUCGGUGGUUGUGUCACACGAAAAUUGCUGUCGAGAGGCAGUGAAACGCUGACACUGACAAGCACGAAAGCUCCUUUUUCCUCAGUGUGUGCAGAGACGGAGGUCGUGGGUUUGCUCCACCACAUGUCGAGACCCAUAAGUCAGCAUAGGUUAGAUGAGGUAGCUAGCUAGUUAGCUAGCUACAGAACGCCUGUCUAAAUGGCGGACCCUAGAUAGAGGCAGCAGAACAGGGGAAUGGGAGAGCAGGGUAGCAAGCGAUCCUCGGCUGAAGACACCGGCGAAGAGGCGCUGAUGAAGCGAAAGUAAGAAAGGUGAGAGUGAAGAAGGAAGGAUCGAGGCGACCUGUCCCUACUUAGCCUGCCCGCUGCCUUCACGCGAUGAAAAGAGAUACACGUCUCAGAAAGGAAAUGACCACGGAGACGGAGGGAUAGCCCACAGUGUUUUUGACAGUUAACCGUAGCGACACACAUUCUCUCUCUGCUACCUUUGCUCUGCCCCUCAUUUGCUGACCAGCGGUGUAUAAGCGAAUGGACAUAGCUGCUAGACAUGAAGGAGGAGGAUUUUUCGACUUCAGUUUGUUCCUCCCUGCUCUCCCUGAUGUGGUGCCACUGGGCCAUGCUGCGCAAGAGAGGCUCACUCAUCCUGUGUGGAGCCUUCCUAUUCGUCGCCUGGAACGCCUUGCUCCUCCUCUUCCUCUGGGGCCGGCCUCCCAUUGGUCGACUGGGGGGAGGUGGCGGGGCAGAGCCGGGGGGAGGGGAGGAGUGGGGGAUGGGGAAGGGGAAGGGCGGGUCUAACCUGGCCGGGGAGGUGAUCCGAUUGGCUGAGGAGGUCGAGUCCGAGCUGGAGACCCAGAAGAAGCUUCUAAAACAAAUCCAAACUCACCGGUCGCUAUGGGAACAGCAGAAGGAGUCUGAGAAGAGGGGCUCGGAACAGCUGGAGAAGGAGCUGAGGAACGAGGAGCAGAACAAACCCCCUGCUCCACGUCCUCAGAAGCCCAACAGCGCAGCCGAGCAGCAGCAACAGCAGAAACAAGAAGACCCGCACAAGCCGCUUUACCCAGACCCGCCCGACGAACACAAACCUGAGGCCAUCGAGAACAACGAGGUCCUGAAGGAGAAGGGCGAUGGGGACUUGGCCGGCCCCAAGUCAGAGCCGCAGCCGGUCAUCCCGAUCCUCGUCAUCGCCUGCGACCGGGUCACCGUCCGCAGGAGCCUGGACAAGCUCAUCCAGUACCGGCCCUCCGCCGAGCUGCACCCGAUCAUCGUCAGCCAGGACUGCGGCCACGUCGAGACGGCGCGCGUCAUUGGCUCCUACGGCAGCCAGGUGAAGCACAUCAGCCAACCGGAUCUGGCCGACAUAGCCGUGCGGCCGGAGCACAGGAAGUUCCAGGGCUACUACAAGAUCGCCCGCCACUACCACUGGGCCCUCAACCAGGUCUUCAACACCCUCGGCUACGACACGGUGGUCAUUGUGGAGGACGACUUGGAGGUGGCGUCUGACUUCUUUGAGUACUUCCGCGCCCUCCACCCGUUCCUGCGCACGGACCCGACCCUGUGGUGCGUCUCCGCCUGGAACGACAACGGGCGCGACGGCCUGGUGGACCCGGGCCGGGCGGACCUCCUGUACCGCACCGACUUCUUCCCAGGCCUGGGCUGGAUGCUGAUGAAGGAGAUGUGGAAUGAACUGGAGCCCAAGUGGCCCAAAGCCUUCUGGGACGACUGGAUGCGGCAGCCGGAGCAGCGGCGCGACCGCUCAUGCGUGCGGCCCGAAAUCUCACGUACAAUCACGUUCGGCCGCAAGGGCGUGAGCCUGGGCCAGUUCUUCGACCAGUACCUGCGCUACAUCAAGCUCAACACUGAAUUCGUGCCUUUCACCAAGCGCGACCUCUCCUACCUGGAGAGGAAGCGCUACGACGAGAACUUCGUCAAGGAGGUGUACAGCGCCCCCUUGGUCAAGGUGGAGGAACUGCACAGCGGCAGCUUGAAGGGCGCGGGCCCCUUCCGCGUGCAGUACUCCAGUCGGGACAGCUUCAAGGCGCUGGCGCGGAGUCUGGGCGUCAUGGACGACCUCAAGUCGGGGGUCCCGCGGGCGGGCUACAGGGGCGUGGUCAGCUUCAUGUCUCGCGGUCGCAGGAUCUUCUUAGCGCCUCCUGAUGGCUGGACUAAAUAUGACACCAGCUGGAGCUGAGAGAGGAUUGGGGGGGAGGGGUAGCGGUGGACAAAAGACUGGGAUUGGGUUAUUUUUGUUGUUUAUUUGUUUUUGUUUUUUGUUUGGCUUGUUGGCAUGGCAACAGGCGUGACAAAUGGACCUCAGAGUGGAGUUAUCGCCUCUCAAAACCAAAGAGAAACAAAAGCAGUCAGAGACUCUUAGUGGCAGCAGACACCGUGAGAGUAUAAUAAAAAGCCUGUUGGGAGAGAUAAUGUUUGAGGAGGAACAAACAACUGCAAGGAGAAUUGCCUCUCGCCUUGUCCAAGGGGCAAGUCUAUGAACUCCUCAUUGAAGACCUGACUUGUCUUCAUUCGCCUAAAUCUGUUCUGUUGAACAGCGCUGUUUCUAAUGAAGCUACUCUUAAAAAGGUGGGGUCCCUUAUAUUCUCUGAAGAGAAGAGGUCCACCAAAAUACACAUGCACCCACACACACACAGAGACACACACACACUGGGAUAAACACCCAGCUGGAUUCAGACAGAUUCAGAUCAAACUCUAUUAUUAUAAAUAAAUUAAAAAAACAACAACAUAUGACUAUGAAGUAAAUGAUUACUGUUUAUUUUGAUCAAUGUAUUGGGGAUAAAAACAAAAAAUAGAAUAAAAAAGGUUUUUUUUAUUUAAUGAAAAAAAAGAAUAAUAAUACAUUUUAUCACCCAAGCCCUUUUCGAUAAGUAGCUGCUGUGAUGCAAAGAGGCAGCAGGCUCAUUACCUUUUACGCUUCAUGUGUGACAUGACAUCACGCCAGUCUUAGAACAUGUGGGGUGUAUUCCAGACCAGGGGGUAUUCCAUGCAACUUGUUCAGUUGUAAACCUGGUUAAGUUGACCUUAUCUUACCUGAUGCCAGUGACGCAUUAACGCGUAAUUUCAGAUCCUAACAUUCCGUGCCAAUGAUGCUUAAGCGCGUCAAUUCAGUUAUUUAUGGUGUGGCAAAACACAAAAUGGCUGGUAGCUCAAACAAGUCGCAGUAUCUUCUUAAAGUAUAUUUGUUGGGUGCUCUUGGAUGAAGGGGAUCAGUUCAAUUCAAAAAAGGGAAAAAUCCAGGCAACUCCAGGUGAAAAAGAGGAAGUCCAUUAAAAAGCCUUUAUAGUUGUAGGGCUAAAACAUGAUUAAGCUCCUUGUCCUGAUGACAAAGCCCUGAUGAAGACCAGUGCGGUCAAAACAUGUUGGCUUUUUUAAUCAUGUUUUAGCCC